AUGGUCUCUGUUUCUUCUUCGCCUUCGGCUGCAUAUGUUGAGCACCUGGGCGAUUCAAUCCAGUUCUUGCCGGCUUCCCAUGGCAGUUUGGGACAUCCACAGCUUUGCCAGCGGCCUUGCGUGCACAUCGCGAAGGGUGGUUCCUGCUCUCUCGGGUCUGCGUGCCGUUUUUGCCACGACGCGCACCGCACAGUUCCUGUGAAGAUGGAAAAAGCCCAGCGCAAGCUCAUGCAAGCCAUGCGGGAGGAAGAUGUUAGGACUCUUCUUAUCCCUCACAUCCAGAAAAAGUUUCAGAAGCUUGAGCUGACAGAGAAGGCGGCAAGUCUCUUGCUCGUGUUCGCGCAGGAACUCCACUCGGAUGAGCAACACGCCUUCAAAGACAUCACCCAGCGUGACCUGAGCAAGCUCAACCGCAUCCUAGCUCGACUACCUUUGCUUGCACUCGUCAAAUACUUUCCGAGCACAUCUCCCACCACGGUGGAUGCACAGCUGGAUCUGUUAAGAUCUGAGCUUGACCAGCAGCGAGCAUUGAUGCAAGGAGUUGUGGUUCAGCUCUGA